AUGGUACGAAGGUGGCAGGUGAUCUGCAACCGCUUUCCACCCUCACUGACACCACUGUCCAAGCUCACCAAGCUGAAGGAGCUUGCGCUCAAGAACACCGGCAUAACCGGAGAUUUGCGGGCUUUGGGCGAGAUGCGCGAGCUGCAGAAGCUAUGGCUGCACGGUACCAAAGUGGCCGGUCAACUGCAACCACUCUCCAAGCUCAUCGAGCUGAGGCAGCUAUUUCUUUCGGACACCGGCGUAACGGGAGACUUGCACGACUUGGGCGGGAUGGGCGAGCUGCAAUAUCUAUGGCUGGAUGGUACGAAAGUGGCAGGUGGUCUGCAACCGCUUUCCACCCUCACGAAGCUGAAGGAGCUCUUGCUCCAGAAAUCCGGAGUCACCGGAGACUUGCAGGCUUUGGGUGGGAUGAGCGAUAUGCAGAAGCUAUCGUUGCAUGGUACCAAGGUGGCUGGUGACCUGAAAUCACUCUCCAAGCUUACGAAGCUAACGCAGCUAUAUCUCUCGGACACCGGAUUAACCGGAGACUUGCAGGCUUUGGGCGGGAUGGGCGAGCUGCAUCAUCUAUGGUUGGAUGGUACGAACGUGGCCGGUGACCUGACACCACUGUCCAAGCUCACCAAGCUGAAGGAGCUCUUGCUGACGAACACCGGCGUAACCGGAGACUUGCAGGCUUUGGGCGGGAUGGGCGAGCUGCAGAAGCUGUGGUUGGAUGGUACGCACGUGGCCGGUGACCUGACACCACUGUCCACCCUCACGAAGCUGAACAAGCUCUUGCUGAAGAACACCGGCGUAACCGGAGAUUUGCGGGCUUUGGGCGAGAUGCGCGAGCUGCAGAAGCUAUGGCUGCAUGGUACGAAGGUGGCCGGCGACCUGAAACCGCUCUCCAAGAUCACGAAGCUGAAGGAGCUGUUUCUUGCGGACACCGGCGUAACCGGAGACUUGCAGGCUUUGGGCGGGAUGGGCGAGCUGCAGAAGCUGUGGUUGGAUGGUACGAAGGUGGCCGGUGACCUGCAAGCGCUUUCCACCCUCACGAAGCUGAAGGAGCUCUUGGUGAAGAACACCGGCGUAACCGGAGAUUUGCGGGCUUUGGGCGGGAUGGGUGAGCUGCAGAAGCUAUCGCUGGAUAGCACCAAGGUAAGCGGUAACUUGGAAUCUCUUGCCAACAUGGCGGAGCUGCACCGUUUGAUCAUAGCAAAUACCGCCGUGGAGGGCCCUAUCACCAAGCUAAUCCAUCUGACGAGUCUAGAAGAGGCCGAUCUGAGAUUCACGCACGUUACUGGGCGCUUGACAUCCGCCUGGCGCGGCCAACUCCUGCAGCUCCACACGCUCAAGCUCCAAGGGAGCCGGGUGAACUUCCUGCCCGUCGGAAGUGACCUCGAAGACCUCCGAGCGACCUUCUUCACCAACGAGACCCGCCAGCUCCUUCCAGCUCUUGCAAACUUGGAUGUCUCGCUGUGUCCGCUGGAUGGCCCUGUGCAGAAUCUGUUGGAGCCCUUCUCGUUCGCGCAACGCUUGGCUUCGAUCCGCGCCAAUGGCGCGAACCUUUGCGGCAGUUUGGUGAAGGGCUGCUUGCAGCAGGUAGACGUGGACGGCGAGCACUACGGGCAACAUUGUGGGAUACGCGAGCGUGGCUUACAGAGCUCCCUGCAAGGGUUGGAGUUGGCGGGCAACCAGAUCCACCGUGUCGAGGGCAUCCCGGCCAACGUCUAUGUCUCCUUGGCGAACAACUCGGAGAUGUACGUUGACGUGAAAGCCUUGCACAACUUGCGUAACUUGCAGCUGGAUGUCACGGCCACCAAGAUCUCCAACGCGGACGAUGUAGCCACGCUGUUCCAUGACGGAGUUUUGCACAGAACUGAUCAGCUGACCCAAAGCGAUCGCUCGAAGGGCUUCGAGUGUUACGGCAUCACAUCCACGUCCUUGCGGGUGUCUCCGUCCUCGUUUUGGCCCCAAGGCCUCUGCGCCUGCAGCGAGGGCUUUGAAGGGAACGGCACCUCGUGCCACCAGUGCGAGCCGGACACCUACAAUGCGCACUUCAAUCGCAGUUGCAUGCCGUGCCCCAACAGCAGCGCCGCACCGGCUGGGGCCACCUCCGUCUUCAGCUGCGUCUGCACAGUCGGCAGGAUGCAUUCGUCGAAGUCUGGGUCUGGGCACGAUUGCCAGUGCGAUGCUUCGAAGGCGCUACACCGGGACGUCUGCGAAGACUGCGGGGAGCUACACUUGGACUGCCGGCAGAACGGCCUCGAAGCGAGCUCGGCGCCACCGCAGGUGGGCUUCGCGCGCCUGGAAGCCCGAGCUCGGCGUGCUUACAGGUGCUUGGAGCCGGCGGCAGAGGAGCGCUGCCACGCUUCUUCAGUGAAUGGCACCGGGAAAGGCACGGCUCUGGGCUGUGCCGCCGGCCACGAGGGCCCGCUCUGCGUGGCCUGCUCCAGCGGCUACCGCAGCCGCUCCGGCGUCUGCGUUCCGUGCGAAGUGGCCCGCGAUGCGGACACGCGCUGGCUGUACUUGCGUUGGGUGGCCGGGGCCGCGGUUCUCGCCGGAGUGCUCGGUGCCGUCAUCUUCGUGUGGCGAAGGAGCCGCAGCCAGCCCGCGACAACCCCGCUCGAGCCGACCCUGUGGAGCGUGAUGCAGCCCUUGUUGGCCGCACAGGGCCCGGUUCUGCUCCAGCUGUUCCAGCUCUGGGGGCUGUUGAUGGCCCUCUUGGAAUCUGACCGAGAAUCUGGUGACGAACCCUCGCGGACUGAUGGCUUGUGGGCGGAGGAGUGUGUCCAGUGGCUCCAGCUCACUGCGCAAGGCUUUCGCGAUGCGACGAGCCUCGAGUGCUGGUUCGGAAGGACAGCGAACGAUGUCAUGGCUUUGGCUGCGCCUUGCGUGCCACUGGCGCUGCUGGUGCUCUGCAUUCUCCCCGAGGUGGCCUCCCAGGGAAGCGGUGUCAGCCUAGUGCUGAAGCUGCUCACCUUGCUGUACAUUGGGGGCGCCUCGAGCAGCGCGGAGCUCAUGCGAUGCCAGCAUGCCGACGGAGGCAAGGAGCGGCUUCCCGACAAGUAUGCAUUCCGCACGGCGCUGCCGGACAUCAAGUGCCAGGACCCGGCCCCGCUCGCAGAUGGUAUCGCUGUGUCCUGCGUCGUGUGCUACGGGCUGCUAAUCCCCAGCUUCCUGGCGUACCUCAUGUUGAAGCAGCACGUGGCUUUGGCCCCCAGCCGACGCUUCGUCAGCCACGUCGCCAAGAAGAAGGGCGACGUCACGGUCUGGGUUUUACCCGUGGAGGAGUCCGAGAAGCCCGAGCCGCACCAGGAGCUGAAGAGUAGGAGCCUCCUGGCCGCGGCGGUCGCCCGCAGCUGCAUUUACUUCUCAGGCGCCGUCCGAGUCCAGCUGCAGGACGAGCACCUGAUCCUCCGACCGCAGGAGCAAGGAGGCCACGAGCACGACGUGAACUUGGACGCGAGCAGCUUCGUUUGGACAGCCCUGGGGAACAAGGGCGAUGCAGAUCUUCGGCGUUGCCAAGCUCUUGAGAGGAUGCUGAAGGAGCGGAUGUACUUGAAGAGGUCGCCUCCUCCGACAGAAUCGUUUCCGGUGCAAAGGAGCUCUUCGUCAAAUAUGCAGCGUGCCAAAACGUGUGGUUCGAGAUCGCCAUGA